AUGCCUCGUUGUUUGAUCAAAUCGAUGACAAGGUAUAGGAAGACCGAUAAUUCUUCCGAAGAGGCAGAAUUACCAUGGACUCCGCCAUCGUCGGUCGACGCGAAGAGAAAACAUCAGAUUAAAGACAAUUCCACGAAAUGCAAUAAUAUAUGGACCUCCUCGAGAUUACCAAUUGUAACACGUUACACCUUCAAUAAAGAGAACAAUAUAUUUUGGAACAAGGAGUUGAAUAUAGCAGAUGUGGAAUUGGGCUCGAGAAAUUUUUCCGAAAUUGAAAAUACGAUACCGUCCACCACUCCAAAUGUUUCUGUGAAUACCAAUCAGACAAUGGUGGACACGAACAAUGAACAAAAGGUGGAAAAAGUGCAAAUACCAUUGCCCUCGAACGCGAAAAAAGUAGAGUAUCCGGUAAACGUGAGUAAUAACGAGAUCAAGGUGGCUGUGAAUUUAAAUAGGAUGUUCGAUGGGACUGAGAAUCAGACGACCUCGCAGACUUUGUAUAUUGCUACGAAUAAGAAACAGAUUGAUUCCCAGAAUCAAUAUUUAGGAGGGAAUAUGAAAACUACAGGGGUGGAGAAUCCCCAGAAUUGGAAGAGAAAUAAAACUAUGCAUUAUUGCCCUUAUUGUCGCAAGAGUUUCGAUCGUCCAUGGGUUUUGAAGGGUCAUCUGCGUCUUCACACGGGUGAACGACCUUUUGAAUGUCCGGUCUGCCAUAAAUCCUUUGCCGAUCGAUCAAAUUUACGUGCGCAUCAAAGGACUCGGAAUCACCAUCAAUGGCAAUGGCGAUGCGGGGAAUGUUUCAAAGCAUUCUCGCAAAGACGAUAUUUGGAACGACAUUGCCCCGAAGCUUGUAGAAAAUAUCGAAUAUCUCAAAGGAGGGAACAGAAUUGUAGUUAG